CGCAACCCACAACUGACCCCCUCUCCAACACUCAUCAUAUAUGCAAAAUGAGAAUAAAUCUUCCGCUAGAACAAGGGAAGAUACAUCGCCCGUUGGCCAUGACCCCCGCUAUGAGCAAAGUCGCGAUCCGGAUGGUUGCACUGAGACAUCACGGUGACGACGAGCCCCCCAAUGUCGACGCUUGCCUGUACAAGAAUGACCCUGAUGAAGAUUACCAUGAUGAUGGGGUGAGACAGGAGGAGGAUGAGCAGCAUGAGCAGGUUGAGGAGCGGCAGGGGUGGCCCGAGCCGCGGGAGCUGCACGACGAGGAUGAGCAGCCUGCAGAGGAGCAGCAACAUGAGCAGCAGCAGGAGCAGCAGCAGGAGCAGCAGCAAGAGCAGCAGCAGGAGCAGCAACAAGGGGAUGAGGAGCAGCAGCAGCAUGAGAGGGAGAAGGAGCAGCAGCAGCAUGAGAGGGAGAAGGAGCAGCAGCAGCAUGAGAGGGAUGAGGAGCAGUAACCAAAAGUGUUUCGCCCAAGGCUUGGCAUAG